AUGUGCUCUCGUAUCCCGUACCUCCCCGACGAAGUGCACCUGCUUAUUGGACAGUUUGUAUCUCGCAAUGACCUGCCAAACUAUCGACUGGCCAGCAAAUCAUGUUGCGCGAUUGGCACCGCGGAGCUAUUUGGCACUCUCACGUUUGAUUACAGCACUGCGAGCUUCGAGCGCCUUCGUCAGAUCAGCAAGCAUGAUCAUCUUCGGAAAUGCGUCAAGACUCUGUUCUGGGAUGUAAACCUGUGGCGAAUACCCAAUGUUCGUGAUCUGAACGAGUGGCAGGAGUACUUUCACGGGAAAGCGAGUUCCCCUGGCACUUGUCCAUCAGAGGCCCGCACAGCUGGGCUUGAGCAUCUUGCGCUAGAUCGAAAAGAGUGGGGAGCAUAUCUUGACAAGGUGACAGACGAAAGAAAGGCCAGAGGUGACGGGAGCCUGCUGGAAAUACUUGAACGAUUUCACAACCGGCGGGCGGUUCAUAUAGUCCAUGGUACCCUCAGCCUAGCCCACCGCGGUGUCAAGAAGAUGAAGGAUGGGGUCCACUCGGCAUCGGUGGAGCCACCCGUCUUGCAUCGAGGGGAAGGCAUGAAUGACCAUUACAGCCGGCCUGGGUUCGAAGCUUUUGAACUGAUACAACAGAUGAUACCUUCUCGUUUGAGCAAAAUUAAGCUGGACAGGAUCCAUUAUACAAGCUUCAUCAAGGCCAUGGCUUACGGGCUUGACCAGCUAACAAGUCUCGAUCUCAAGCUGACGGCGCGAUCUGAUCGGCUCAACGGGCUGUCCUUUAAUCGAGGGUCGAGGGGCGGCCACGCGACCAAAGUCCUGGGUAUGGGCGGGUUAAGAGUGUUCUUGAGGGAACUGCAGCAGCUCGAAAGCCUCAAGAUUGACCUGGACGGCUGCCAUGACACAUGGCCAUCGUGUGAGCCCAUGUGCUGUGUGGAAGACGUCUUUGGUUCAGAUUCUGCCUGGCCACAACUACGCAAGUUGUCACUGUGCUGUUUCCUUGCUACGCCCGACUCGUUGGUAGGCGUUUGCCAAAGACACGGCUCGACACUGAAGGACCUUCGACUUGGCAACAUCAUCUUUUCGAAUGACGUGAAGGAGGAACCCCCAAGCUUUGAGGUGGCUACUCGUGAAGAGAAAUGUGCAGCAUCGGGGAUGCCUUUGGAGUUGCGUGCAUGGCCUGACGUGCUGGAGUACCUUGGACAGUUGGAACUGGUUCUUGGUGCAAUUUCCAGCCUAGCAGGGGCAGCAAGGCCAAGAUGA